CCGAGAGCCGCCGGACUUUCAGCGCCCAGGAGGGAUAUGUGGCCGCCUCUCGGGCUCCUUGCAGUCCCGACCAUGCCUGGCGCGCCCCAGAUGGAGGUGGGGUAAAGUGACACCGGCCGACUUAGAUGGGAAAAUGGCUACAAGCUAGCAAGCUGGAAACUUUGUGGGACAGUGGAACUGUGAAUGUCGAACCUCCGCAGUCAUUCUUGGCUAUUGGCAGGCAUGGCCCUCAUGUGUUACUGAAUUAAGAAACUGGGAAGGCAAGCACAAGAGGAAGAUACCUCGAGUAGCAUUGUGUUCAGCGCUGCGUGGUGGAGAGCGGUAGAGAUGAUUGUCUCCCGUGCCUUGGGGGCCCCAAGAAAGGAGCAGUCAACUCAGGUCUCCACAUUCUGGGUUUCUAGCCAGCAUAAUGCUGGAGCAAGAGGCCGGCGGCCCGCAGUUUUCAGGAUGGCCGAGUGGGAUGCCGAUUUGGAUCACAUCAUUCCGUCUUCCAUUCUUCCUCCUCUCUGGGCUAAGUUACUUGUGGGAUUUGUUUCCCUCGUGUGUUUCGCACGUAGCUACGAUGGAGACUUUGUCUUUGACGACUCUGAAGCAAUUGUUAACAAUAAGGACCUCCGAGCAGAAACGCCCCUCGGGGACCUGUGGCAUCAUGACUUCUGGGGCAAUCAGCUGAGCAGCAACACAAGUCACAAGUCCUACCGACCCCUCACGGUGCUGGUUUUCAGGAUGAACUGCUAUUUGUCGGGAGGCUUCCACCCCUUGAGUUUCCACGUGGUCAACAUCCUCCUGCACAGUGGCAUCUCCAUCCUCUUGGUGGACGUCUUCUCCGUGCUGUUUGGGGGCCUGCAGUACACGAGUAAGGGCCGGAGGCUAAACCUGGCGCCCAGGUCGUCCCUGCUGGCUGCCCUGCUGUUUGCUGUGCACCCGGUGCACACCGAGUGUGUUGCUGCUGUUGUCGGCUGUGCAGACCUCCUGGCUGCCCUGUUUUUUCUGUUAUCUUUCCUUGGCUACUGUAAAGCACUUAGAGAAACUAACAAGGAGGGGACGCAGUCCAUGUUCUGGGUGUUGCUAAGUAUCCUUCUGGGAGCAGUGGCCAUGCUGUGCAAAGAGCAAGGGAUCACUGUGCUGGGUCUGAAUGCCGUCUUUGACAUCUUGGUGAUAGGCAAAUUAAAUGUUCUGGAACUGGUCCGGAAGGUACUACAUAAGGACCGAUCAUUAGAGAACACUGGCGUGCUCAGGACUGAGGGCCUCCUCUUCAGAAUGAGUCUCCUGGCCUUGGGGGGAACAGGGGUGCUCUACGUGCGCUGGAAGAUCAUGGGCACCGGCCCUCCGGCCUUCACCGAAGUCGACAACCCUGCCUCCUUCGCCAGUAGCAUGCUGGUCAGGGCCAUAAACUAUAAUUACUACUAUUCCUUGAAUGCCUGGUUGCUGCUGUGCCCCUGGUGGCUGUGUUUUGAUUGGUCAAUGGGCUGCAUCCCCCUCAUUAAGUCAGUCGGGGACUGGAGGGUAAUUGCUCUAGCAGCACUCUGGUUCUGCCUAAUUGGCCUGAUAUGCCAAGCCCUGUGCUCUGAAGACAGCCACAAGAGACGGAUCCUCACGCUGGGCCUGGGACUUCUCAUCAUUCCAUUUCUUCCCGCGAGUAACCUGUUCUUCCGAGUGGGCUUCGUGGUGGCAGAGAGGGUCCUGUACCUCCCCAGCGCUGGGUACUGCAUGCUGCUGACUUUCGGAUUUGGAGUUCUCAGUAAACAUACUAAGAAAAAGAAACUGAUUGCUGCUUUCGUCCUGGGAAUUUUAUUCAUAAACACGCUGAGAUGCGUGAUUCGCAGCGGCGAGUGGCGGAACGAGGAACAGCUUUUCAGAAGCGCCCUGUCUGUGUGUCCUCUCAACGCCAAGGUUCACUACAAUGUGGGCAAAAACCUGGCUGAUAAAGGCAAUCAGACAGCUGCCAUUAGAUAUUACCGGGAAGCUGUGAGAUUAAAUCCGAAGUACGUUCAUGCCAUGAAUAAUCUGGGAAAUAUCUUAAAAGAAAGGAAUGAGCUCCAGGAAGCAGAGGAGCUGCUGUCUUUGGCUGUACAGAUACAGCCAGACUUCGCUGCCGCGUGGAUGAAUUUAGGCAUCGUGCAAAACAGCCUGAAACGGUUCCAGGCGGCCGAGCAAAGUUACCGGACGGCGAUCAAGCACAGGAGGAAAUACCCAGAUUGUUACUACAACCUCGGGCGUUUGUAUGCAGAUCUAAAUCGUCACGUUGAUGCGCUGAACGCGUGGAGGAAUGCUACCGUGCUGAAGCCAGAGCACAGCCUGGCCUGGAACAACAUGAUCAUCCUCCUUGAUAACACAGGUAAUUUAGCCCAAGCCGAAGCUGUUGGAAGAGAGGCACUGGAAUUAAUACCUAAUGACCACUCUCUGAUGUUCUCCUUGGCAAACGUGCUGGGAAAGUCCCAGAAAUACAAGGAAUCUGAAGCUUUAUUCCUCAAAGCAAUUAAAGCUCAUCCAAAUACUGCAAGUUACCAUGGCAAUUUGGCUGUGCUUUAUCAUCGUUGGGGACAUCUAGACUUGGCCAAAAAACACUAUGAGAUCUCUCUGCGGCUUGACCCAAUGGCAUCAGGAACUAAGGAGAAUUAUGGUCUUCUAAGAAGAAAGCUGGAACAAAUGCAAAAGAAAAACGUCUGAGCCUUUUUCCUUCAUUUUUGAGUUUGUGUGUGUGUGCAUGAGGCAGAUCAUUAAUAUCAUGUGCUUACGUUUAACCAUUUAAAAGUCUUACAUGUUGUUUAUUUUAUCAUUUUUUUCUGUGAAAACAGACAUGCAAAAAGAUUACAGCACCAGCAAUAUACUCUCGAAUGCUUGAUGUGGUUUUUGCAUUGAAAUUGUAUUUUUUCAGACAACUCAAACAUAAAUUCUAAAAUUCCAAGGAUGAAGUCUUUUUUAAUUAAAAAGAAAAACAGAAAAAAAUUAUCUUGAGCGACUUGCAGCAGAAUUAAACCUGCAUUUGGGAUGUGAGUCGUGUUGUUGUAAAGACUCAUAUUAUUAAACAUGGAUUGUGAACAAGAAAUGACAAACGGACUCCUACAAUUUAUAUAAAUAUCUAAUGUGUCUGUAUAUUAGAAUUUUUAUUUAAUGACAAGAAAGAGUAAAUUAAGAUUUUUUUAAUCUUUUUUUUUUCCCAAACAAUGUGCUAUGAACAUCAUUUGUAAGGAAAUAUUUAUUUGUAUUUUUUUUUGAAUGGGGCAAAUAAUUGAAUGAAGAAUGGAAAUUUUAACAUCUAGUGUAUCUACACUUUUCCCAUAGGAAAAAAUUCACUCCUGCAAUAUUUUUUGGAUUCUUCAACUUGUGCUGUUUCAUAACAUAGGAAAUUAUGUAGUAUCCUACAUAAACUGUCACUAUUAAUAGAAAAUUAAAGCCAUGCUUUAGGCAAAAGCAGGCAGCCUGAUGUCUUUAUUUUUGUUACAUCCAGUAUUAAGAGGGCUACACACUUCUAUGUAAGUUGUUUUUUUGUGUUUUUUGACUGGAAAGCAGUUUUCUAUUUAGUUUCAUGGAACCAUAGUCAUUACUAUAUCCAAAAAAUGCAAGAGGUAAAUUUUCUCCCAAAAGGAACCACAUUUGGGGAGUUUGUGAUAUUUUUAAGAAUCGGACUGUCCUGUUUUAUUGGGUCAGAGUAAUCAUGUUCGUUUUGUUCUAUCCUCCUAUAUAUGCUGUUGACCUAAUGAUUUAUGCAAUCUCUGUCAUUCCUUAUGCAGUAAAAUUAUUACAGAAACCGGUA